GCAGCAUGUUUACUAUGCAACGUCAUGAUGCUGACGUCUGCAGAUUACAUCCAUAAAGCUGACUCGAGUGAGCUGUCAACAAUCACUGAAGCGAACUAGCUGUGAUGGCGUGGACAGCGAGGGACGACGAUGAAAAGAAAGAGUAUUUCGAUUCCCCAGAGGAGCUGGAUAGGAAGGUCCAGCAACUGGCUGACUGGAUCAGGGAGAGCAAGCAUUUCUUCGUCUUCACCGGAGCAGGGAUCAGUACCUCGGCUGGCAUUCCAGACUUCCGCAGUGGAAUUGACACAGUUCUGGAGACUGGUCCGGGGGCCUGGGAGCUGAGGGCCAAAGGUCAGCAGAGGGACAGUCAGAAGCACAAGGUGACCUCCACGCUCAAAGCCAUCCCCACCACCACUCACAUGGCUCUGGUGAGGCUCCAGAAGGAGGGACUGCUGAAAUGUGUGGUGAGUCAGAACUGUGACGGACUGCAUCGCAGGAGUGGUCUGCCCGAGAAAGCUCUGUUUGAGCUCCAUGGCAACUCCAAUGUGGAGAAAUGCACCAAAUGUGGUCACGAAUAUCUCAGAGAUUUCAUUGUCCUGACUGGACUGGGACUCCUGCACUACACAGGACGGCAUUGUGAUGACCCUGAGUGUCGAGGAAGACUAAUUGAUUCCAUCAUCAACUUUGGCGAAAGUCUUCCUGAAGAGAUACUGAGGAAGAGUUUUGACCACGCCCACACCGCGGAUCUGUGCGUUGCUAUGGGUUCCUCUCUCACAGUUACACCAGCUGCUAACAUCCCUGAGGUUGUGGGGAAGAGACAGAAGUUGGUGAUAGUGAACUUGCAGUCGACACCCAUGGACCACCUCUGUGCUCUCAGGAUCUUUGCCAAGACUGACCAGGUGAGCAGUCUGCUGAUGAAGAAGUUGGGUCUGGAGAUCCCUCAGUUCCAGCUACGGAGAACUCUCAUCAUAUCAGCUACCUCCACCCCCUCGGACCAUGUGGAGGUGGGCGUGGCAGGAGCCGAUGAUCUGGGCUACCCCUUCUCGUUUGUGAAGGAGGUGACGGUGAGUGGAGGAGGGGAGAAGAUCAAGUGUUGGGAGGAGCCUUUCAAGGCCACAGUGGGCGUGGCCAAGGAGGGAGGGGGUGUGGCUAUUGAGGUAGUGUUCCAUGGUCACUACGGAGAGCCAGUGCUGAGUCUGCCAGUCAGAGUGGACCAGUCUCUGGAGAUGGUCAGCAUCUCCUUCAACCCUUUUCUCGCCCAGUGGACUGUGCAACGAGAUGAAGAGAAAGAAGAGGAAAAGAAAGAAGAGAAAGAAGUCGCUGAAAUUUCUGAAAAUACCAUGUCUUUGGGACUGUAA